AUGACUAAUACUAACUCGUCAUCUCCCGAUACGCCACAAUUGAAAAAAAGUAGGAAUAGAUGUCUAAGUUGCAAAAAAUUGAAGAUUAAAUGUGACGAGGCUAAGCCUAAAUGUGAAUAUUGUGAGUACACUAAACGAGAAUGUAUUUACCCAGAUCCUAGCACGAAUAAGAAGAGAGGACGGAAACCGAAGACAAUAAAGACGAUUGAGAAACUAGAGCAUGUAGAGCAAAUAAAUCCGUCGUCAGUGGAACUUUGGAACAGCCAAAUGUGCCUCAAUUCAGUUGCACGUCAAUUAGAUAUUUCACAAUUUGAAUUUCGGUUACUACAUUAUUUUCAGGACCACUAUAUAAGAAUUGAAAAUACAGAUCCUCUCGACAGGGUUUGGAAAUUUCAAGUUCCAAAGUUGUGGCAAGAAUCCGAUAUCGUUAGACAAAGUAUUUUCUCUCUCAGUGCAAUGCAUUUAUGGGCAUUAUGUGAUUUGACCUCGUUAAUGCAAGAAGAUAUUAAGGACUACAAAUCUAAAAAAAUAACAUUUCUUAGGAAUAUUUCAAGCACUGAGUUGUUUCUAAAUCCCAAUACUUUAAAGGCUUGUUUAUAUGAGAAGACAUGCGAAUAUUUCACUAACUGCUUGCAAAGAACAAAUUGUAUGAUGGAUGCAAUCAUAAAUCAAAAUUAUGUUAUCUCCACAGUAUUCCAGGCCGCAGAGGUUGUUAUCUCAGGUAUUUUAUUAUUCUCUUUUUUGGCAUUACAGCCUCAUGGGCUCAUACCAUUGCUUUCGUACGAUUCUGCUACGCCUGAUAUAUUAUCAAUGUGUAAAGGGAUGAAAACAUCUAUGUCUUAUGCAUUUCCAUUGUUAUAUAAUUCACCCUAUCGUGGAUUAUUUCACUUAAAUGAAAUUAUGGAUCCACCUAAAAUAACUGAAAAAGAUCGAUAUCCUUUGAUCGAAUACUUAAGAGGUGAACUUGAAGAGAGUACCCAAAAUUACAAAUUCCUAGAUGACCAAUACAAAACUUUUAAGUGGUCAAUUGAUUUGCUUGAAAUUGACUUCUGCAGGACAAUUGAAACGAAUAACCCACUACCGAUUUACAGAUGGAUCUUCUUGGUUGAUAUCAAAAUGUACGAUAUAAUAAAGAUUCACAAACAUAGUUUUGGAUUGAAGCUAUUGUACAUUUAUACUUGCUUAUGUGUGAUGUGCCAAUUUAGAAUCGACCAGAAAACAAAUAUUUGGCUCGAGUAUAUAGAUUGGUACAAAGAUUACAACCAUAAUUUAUUUGGUAAAUGGAAUGAUUCUUACGAUAAGGAAAUGUAUGAAUUAGUUGUGAAAAAAAAUUUUGAGAUCCCAAAAGAUUCCUAUCAUCUAUUGGAAACUUUUGUCCCUCUAAUUUAUUUAUAG